AUGACUACUUGGUUGGGAGAUAAAUAUGAGGGCGAAUACAAAGAAGGAUGGUACCACGGAUACGGAAGGCUUGAACUUGAUAAUGGAGUCGUAUACGAGGGACAAUUUGUCAAGGGACAGUUUCAUGGCGAAGGGAAACUUAUCUAUCCAAAUAUAACAAGCUUAAUUAAGGGAGGCUACUACAAGGCUCAGUGGGUGGAGGGCAAGAUGAUUAAUGGCGAAUACAUUUUCAACGAUAAUCUUAAUUUUUAGAAGGAAGGCUGGAAGCAUUGCAUUAACGAUGAUCGCAGGUUUUACCAAGAAUAUCUUCACGGGAUCAAGCCUUCUGGAGCUACCCAGCAGACCCGUGAAGACAAGCCCCACAACAUUCCUACUGGCACCUAUGACACCGGAGACGGCUAUUAUGAGCCUGUCAAGAGUAUCAUAUACACCUAUGAUCAUAAAAUCUACCGCACCCCCACCGAGCAGGAGGUAAAGUUCAUCAUCGAGAAAUGCAGAUAUGUUCCCAAGGCAGUUGACAUCGACGGAAGCAAAGACAGAGUCAUCAAAAAAGUAUUAGAAAUCGAAACGAAAAAAUGA